AUGUCGAAGGAUGGCAAAGUAAAGGACAAAUCGAAACGACGAGAGUCCAAGUCCGGCUCGGAGUCGAAGAAGAAGACCCGCAAAUCGUCUUCUAGCUCGACCAUUGUCGCCCUUCCCAUCACCGUCGUCGAUGAUGCUGCCUCCUCUACAACCGAUGGCGCGUUCUCCGCUUCGACGUCUCGCUCGGUCACAUCAGCCUUUGAGCGAAUGUAUCCCGUUCUCAACCUGCCGAUCCCACCAGUCUGGUCGAACGACCCGUACGCCGCGUUCUCCGAUCUCAUGGAUACGCUCGUGAUGCGCUACGUGCCUCAGCUGUCGGGUGUACUAAUCACCCACACUCCCACACGGUUCCUGCAGGACACGGCGGUGUUCUCUGCCGACUCUGCCUUCGCCACUGCCGCCGUUGGGUUCGAAUGCGUCGUGUGGAGGCCCAAGAUCGGGCAGAUGCUCGAAGGCACCAUUUGCCUGUCUUCGCCCUCGCACGUCUCAGUGUUGCUAUAUGGGCUGUUCAACGCUUCAAUCCCAGCAUCGCAUCUGCCCGAGACGGAGUGGGAGUUUGUGCACGAUGCAGAGGACGCUUCGAACACCGAUCACGGGCUUGGGUACUGGAGAAACCGCGCCAAUGGAUCGAAGCUCGGCGGUUCGAGUGGCAAGCUCAGCUUCACCGUCAUCAGCCUCACCGUCGCCAACCAUAUGCUUUCCGUGCACGGAUCGCUACUCGCCGAACCGUUCAAGGGGCCCUCACCCACCAACGAUCGAUCCUACCUCAAGAAGAGCCUGCUCCCCUCGCAGGCGCUCGGCCUUGGGUCCGCACGCUCGAGGACUGGACUGGAUUCUCCUGCGGCCGGGCCUGCUGCUUCGUCGCCCGCCCCCACCCCUCCCAGAAGAGUCCGAUGGGAGGACGAAGACGAUACGUCCGCGGUGGAGAGUGACGACCUGUCGAAAUACGCCACCCCUCCGUCGAUUGUCAAAUCCGAACCCGACUCGCUAACGAAGACCAAGUCACACAAGGAGAAGAGUAAACGCAAAUCGGCUCUCUCAGAUUCAACGGACGCGGAUGCGCAAGCGACGGAAUCGCCAAAGCGCGAAAAGAAGCGCAGAAAGGAAGCUUAG